GAACUCUUGACGUCGUUCGGACCUCUUAAGGCCUUCAACCUUGUGAAGGACAGUGCCACGUCACUGUCUAAGGGUUAUGCUUUCUGUGAAUACGUGGACAUCAGUGCCACUGACCAGGCCGUGGCUGGACUCAAUGGCAUGCAGCUCGGAGACAAGAAGCUCAUCGUCCAGCGGGCAAGCGUGGGGGCUAAGAAUGCCAACGCUACGGCCAUCAUCGAGACGCCGGUGACGCUGCAGGUUCCAGGGCUGCAGCGGCUGCAGAGCUCCGGCAUGCCCACGGAGGUGCUGUGCCUCCUCAACAUGGUCAUGCACGAGGAGCUGGUGGACGACGAGGACUACGAGGAGAUCCUGGAGGACAUCCGGGAGGAGUGUUGCAAGUACGGCAACGUGCGCUCCAUCGAGAUUCCGCGGCCCGUCGAUAGCGUGGAGGUGCCUGGCUGUGGCAAGGUGGGACCCGUACUCUCCUGUACCAGUGGCAAAAAGAAGACCUCUGUAGGCACUAAACACAGGCUCAUGGGAGCAUUUCUUGCACAAAAGUGUUUUGAAAACGGAAUAAUUUUUUGUGUAAGAAAAACAAUCUGAUUGGUUCAGAUAGGCGACGGACGAUCUGAUUGGUUCAGAUAGGCGACGGACAAUCUGAUUGGUUCAGA